AUGGAUUAUUCACUAGAGAACCACGCAUCUUACAUUGGCCGUCCGGCUAGCGAGCUUCCCACGCCGGCCCUGGUGCUGAGCAAGCCGCUUCUGGAACACAACACCAGAAUACUGUUGGAGGAUGUGAAGCGCUUGGGAAUUAAGUUCCGGCCACAUGUGAAGACACUCAAGUGCAAUGAGGUAACCCGAAUGAUGUUGGGUAAUGGCACCCACCGACGAAUUGUCGCAUCGACUCUAGCCGAGAUCCGGGGCGCCUUGGAUUUGGUGAAGAGUGGGGAAUUAGACGAGUGUCUCUAUGGACUCCCUGUCUCUGCCAGCGCACUCCCUUUCCUCGAGACAUUGACUAAAUCCCUGAAGAUCCUCCUUAUGAUCGACAGCGAGCAACAAAUUGAUGUUCUCGAAUCAUACGCCUCGGAAUCUACUUCCGUUUCUUCAUGGCCUGUCUUUAUCAAAAUUGACGUCGGAUCCAAGCGCGCAGGAGUCGUCAACGACUCACCAUCUCUCCCAAAGCUGAUUCAACGGAUUGAAUUAUCCACCGUGGCCAAUGUCUACGGCUUCUACUGUCAUGCCGGCCAUUCAUACGCAUGCCGUACAGAAGACGCCGCGGCUGCCGUGCUCCAGACCGAGGUCGAGGGAGUUGUUGAGGCAGCCAAGUCUUUGGUGGCCGACAAGUCCGACAGAACGGUCGUUGUUUCAGUGGGAUCGACACCCACAGCACACGUGGUCAAGAGACUACAAGGAGCUCUACCACAAGGCUUGGAGCUAGAGCUACACGCUGGAAACUACCCCUCAAACGAUCUCCAACAGGUAGCGACAUCUUUGGUUGAGCCGACUCAGCAGGCCGUGCGCAUUCUCGCAGAUGUCUGCAGCGUCUACCCAGAUCGAAACGAAGCGCUUAUCAACGCGGGCGCAAUUGCUCUGGCAAAAGAGACGAGCGAAUUCCCUGGGUUUGCGAUCGUUGCUGAUCGACCUCAAUGGAGUGUUGUGCGGAUGGCGCAGGAGCACGGCAUCCUUGGGUGGGCGGAGUCAGAUCAGACGAAGAGACUUGUUCAGAAAACGGGCUCCAAAUCCUGUGAUGGUGACAAGGUAGAGAAUGCGUUCAAGGUCGGGGAUAAGGUUAUGCUGUAUAUUCAGCAUGCUUGUAUCACGGCUGCUAUGCACUAUGCUUAUUACGUUGUUGAUGAGCAGGACAUUGUCAGGGAGACUUGGGUCCCUUGGAAGGGAUGGUGA